ACGGGCCGCGGGCGGGUCAUCGUGUCAGCGCUGGGGCGCUAGUCGUUCACUUAGCGGUUUGGGGGUGAAGGCAAAAUAACGGCGAGUAACAGAAACCCCGGGGACGCCGGCUCCCGGUCAGGACGGACUGCGGGCCGCGCCUCGUUUUCCUGGGCAGUGGUCGCGUCAGCCGGGGUCGGUGGUUUUGGUGUUCUUGUCGCCUCCUGAGGCGGUCACCCAGACACCCGCAGCGGGGAGGAGCGUCAGAGGCCGGGACUAUCGGGACAGCUCCGGACCAGCAGUUGUCACGAUAAGCCCCGCCCAGAGGCCACUGGGGUGAUGCCCGCGGCUCGGUGAGAGGAGGAUGCGGCGGACGGCCCGGUGAGAGCUCCCCGGUAGCAGCGCGCGGCCCCGGAGGAGGCGGGCACAGCCGGAGCGGGAGGCGGCGUCUUGGUGGAUCGCAGAGAGCGGGGGCUCAGCCGCCGGGUGUGUCCGGGCACCAUGGUGGAGAAGCAGCGCUGCCCCCUGCAGAGGGACGGCGUGUACCGCUGGUUCUCCGAGCUCUCCUCCUCCCAGCGCAUCGAGUUCCUGUGCGGCCUGCUGGACCUCUGCCUCCCGCUGGAGCUGCGCUUCCUGGGCUCCUGCCUGGAGGACCUGGCCCGCAAGGACUACCACUGGCUGCGGGACUCCGAGAUCAAGGCCAACAACCCGGCCGACCUGGGCAGCCUGACCAACCUGGCGGACGAGGUGGUGCGCAGCAAGCUGCUGGUGUCGCUGGCGCUGCUGGCCUCCGACCAGCGGGAGGCGGCGGGCGUGCUGUGCCGGACCCUCACCCACCUCGACUGCAUCAUCAACAACCUGGGCCUGCAGCUGAACGAGGGCCGCGCCGGGGACGAGUUCCUGCUGCUCUUCACCAUGGCCACCAACCACCCGGCCUUCAGCUUCCACCAGAAGCAGCUGCUGCGCAAGGAGCUGGCCCACAUCCAGGGGAGGCAUGGUGCCAGCAGCAAGGGCUGCGCCAAGGUGACUCCAAGAACAGAGACCCCGACCAGCAGCGUGGGCAACAGCUUGGCGAAUGCACUACACACAUCAGCACAUUCCAUAGAAGAUCCGACACCCAAGAGGCCUUCCGGAAAGCACUCCAAAGUGAAUGUUGAGAAAAUUGAACUUAAGGUUUUGCCGCACAAGAAAAAGGAGAAGAAUGCAGACUGCUGUUUUGAGGUAUUUUGGUCUGAUUCCUCUGUUUCGUUGGUUACCAAAUCCUCAGCUGAAGUUACAGAAUUUAUUUCUAAGCUCUCUCACGUGUUCUCUGAAGAUUUGGAGAAAUGCAUUCCUUACCGUGGGGCUGUGGACACUUAUUCCGUGGACAGGAACCAUGUGGACUUUGAUUUCGAUCACCGGUGUUUUGCGUCUCUGCCCCCCCAGGUAUUAAAGAGUGACCUUCUUAAAAAAUUCUUCAGCACUUCAGCAAACCACCAACAGCAUCAGAACUUAAGUCCCAGCACCCCAUCCCAUGUGAAAAUGAGCACAUCUAUGGGUCCCUCUAUACGACCCAUAUGUGGCGUGGCCAGCAUCCAGUCUUCCCACAGCAGCCUUGCCUUGCACCACAGCGGAGCCACAAUGAGCAUGUCCCCGUGUUCAAGCUCGACCUCUGUAACAUAUCGGCCUUCAUCGGAGACCACGUCCUCUACUGGAAUACCUUCCAGUGUGCCGAGCCCGCAGACUCAAGAACAGCAGGAAAUAUUGGAGUGGCUCAGGAAGUUACGCCUGCACAAAUACUACACAGUAUUCAGCCAGCUGUCAAUGAAAAAGUUCUUGAGUCUCACCGAGGAAGAUUUAAAUAAGUUUGAAUCCCUAACGAUGGGAGCAAAGAAGAAGCUGAAGACUCAGCUGGAGCUUGAGAAAGAGAAGACUGAAAAAAGGUGUCUGAACUCAGCAUCGUGUACUUUCACCAGCAGCGGAGUCGCCCGGGUUCCUCCAACCAGUCACGUUGGACCAGUUCAAAAUGUCCACUGCAGCCACGCUACAGAGUUGUCUGUAGACGUGGAGCCCGCAGCCUCUCAGGUGCCUCAAGAAGGCAGCUCGUCCUCGGAGUAUUCCAGCUCCCCAUCAAGCCCAAUGGGGCUGCAGACGCGAGAAGAGAGCUCCGACAGUGCAGAGGAAAUGGACAGACGUCUUGGGAGGCACUUGGAUUGCAUUGAGAAGGACAAGUCCGUCUUGCUGGUGAAUCACUUUACAUCCAGUUCCGUUCGCCCAACAGCUCAGGUUUUACCAGUGCAAAAUGACAGUGGAUCCAGCCCUUCAAGCCAUCAUCCAGUACCACGUCAGAUGCUAGCUGGGCCUCCCCCUCACAUGGCUCCACUGCACCUCAUGAACACUUUGCACAAAUCAGACCGCGGCAGUGCAGAGAUUAAGAUCCUCCAGUCAUCUCCUCACGCCAUCUUGUCUGCAGAAGACAGGAGUAAAGCUUCACCCGGAUCCAGAAGCGGCUUGAAAAUAGAGAAGAGCUUUGGAAACCUGCUUCUGGACAUCAAAGCUUCAGCCGGCCCAUUGCAACCUGGUCAGGUGCUUUCCAUCAUCCCCGACGGCAGCUCCAUGCAACAGACCGUAAGCUUCGGUGUCCGGGCCAAAGUGGGAAACACUUUAUCUGGCGAGAGGAUGCUAAAACCAGCUCAGCAGCCGGCCAUGAUGGUGGAGAGCAGCGCCCCUACCACCAUACCAUCCACUCCAGUCUUCCACGUCACCCGCACUCCCGUGAAGCUUCUCGUAUCAUCGUCGGAUUCUUCUGUGGUUGGACAGAUGACCAGUGUCUCUCCGGCAAUAAUAAACCCCAGAAGCGUUCUGUAUUCAGCCAACACCAAAGUUGCCUUUUCUGCUAUGAGUGGCAUGCCUGUUGCCCAAAUGGCUGGCAACUUCUGUGCAAACAGCAUUGCCACUUCCAGCAACCACCCCUCAACGUCCUAUAGUAAUGUGACGAACCUGCCCAGCUGCCCUGUCCCCAGCUCAAGCCCUACAAUUUCCUCCACGUCUGACAACAGCUAUUGCAGUGGCAAUGCCCCCGCCAUGAACAUUCAGAUUUCCAAUCAGACUCCCGGCCACCACCAUGUGCAUCAGCAGCCGCCGGCGGCACAGACUGGGUGCACAGUCUGUAGCUCGUGUGGCUGCAGUGGCAGUUGUGGGUCAGGCGGUGUCGCUGUCAAUUAUGGAAAUUAUUUCCAGCAUCAGUUCUCUACCCCCUCCAUGUUCCCCUUCUCUCUCAUGCCCUUCAGCCCAGUGUGCAAUAACGGGUACAUUAACGCCCAGCAAUACAACAGCAGCAGCUCGUUUCCGGUAGUGCACGCACCGUACAGUAACAGCUUGAACCCAGACUCUAUGCUGACAGGGCAGCCCGGCUUUUCCUUGCCUCCCAUGCAGAACUUUAUAACUGGCACAGCGGGGGUGUACCAGCCUCAGGGCAUGAUGGGCACCAUUAACGGCACAACUCACAAAAAGAGUGGGAACAUUUCAUGCUAUAACUGUGGGGUCAGCGGCCACCGCGCUCAGGACUGUAAGCAGCCAUCAAUGGAUUUUAAUCAGCAAGGAACUUUCCGUCUUAAGUUCGCUCCACCGUCAGACGGCCUGGACUCUGCCGAUUAACCUUCCGGACCUCGGUCUCCUCAACCCACAUCUCUCAUCUAAAGGUGCUUUAGUUUUAACCGGGCUGACGUGAAAUACCUUCGGAGCCGACGUUUCUGUAUUGCCAAAUUCUGCUUCAAGAUUUUCAUUGCUCUUAAUGGCGACGCGAUGACCUCGGCCUGUGAGCCUCACGUUUUAUAGGAACGAUUUCACAGUGAAGGACUUGUUUUUUUUACAGAUAACUUUCUCUCUUUCAAGCGCUAUCUAAAACUUUUAGGGCAGCUACAAUAAACUUCAAGGUAAAUUGUAAGAGGUAACGUUCCCUCGUGUCGCUCAUCGCCAGGAAGUAAUCACUGGGAUUCUUGUAGAUUGCACUAGGGGAGGACUGGUCUGUAUUUUAUAUUCUGGGAACUGUCAAUGAAUCCCCCAGCAAUGAACCCGAUUACACUUCAUCGAUGAGGAAUUUUGCACUUUAAUUUUUUAUGUAUCUUUAUAUUUCAUUGGAUUGCUGUUACAUGAGGGGGGUGUCCCGUCCCCCGCAUGGAAGUGAAACACAUGAGGGAUAGCCUGGAAGGAGGACCCCGGACCUGACAGUAUUAUCUGUGCGGAGGACUUGUAUCCAAGGGCUGUAUACACUACGUCUCCACCAUCGCUAGAUGACAGGAGAUCGUUUCCCCUUCUUGGAAGCUGAGGCCGCUGCCUGUAAAUUUUAUUUAAUUUUUUAUUUUAAUUCCAGACAUUUCUGUUGCAAUAACCGUAAAGUAUUGAGGAAGCUGCCGCCGAUGGAGGUGAAACCUAAUUUAGCACUAAAUCCGUGAUUGCUGCAGCGACCCUGGGAAUGAUGGCUCCUGCUAAACCAAAGAUGUAAAGCGCUGUGCGGCAGAGACCCCCCACGUCGUCUUGUGAUGGUUUCCCACUUUACUUGGCUCUGAGGGUCUGUCCGCACGGUGACAAGGCUCUGUUCCCCUGUGGGUUUAUGCAGUGAAAACACUACAGAAUUGCCAGAAUAACCCCCGCUCUAUCCCCAACGCGUGCAGCGACGAUCACAUUGUAUUUUCUCUGUUUAUUGCCCUGUAUCAGUGAUAGGCAAACUGCGGCUCUCCAGCUGUUGCAGAACUACAACUCCCAGCAUGCAAAGACUGCCUACAGCAGGGCAUGGUGGGAGUUGUAGUUUUGCAACAGCUGGAGGGCCGCAGUUUGCCUAUCACUGCCCUGUAUAACUGAUCUGUGUUGUAUGGCUCCAUCCAGCGGCCGUAGUAAUCUACGGACUUGUACGGUGCCGAGAUUAGCAACCUCCGCUAACGGUGAAACUAUGACUCCCAGCGUGCACACUUGCUCACCUGUACUCGGAACUCCUAUGGAAUUGAAUGGUGCAUGCUGGAGUUUGUAGUUUCCCAGCAGCUGGAGUUCGCUGAGCCCUUUCAUAUGGCAUUGUGUGGUCUGAUGACGAUAUCACACGCUCUGUGUAAAUGGAGCCAAGACUCCAACGUUAUUUCACAAUCUACAUAUAAUGUAACUCUCCGGUCACAUCCAAAGCUGCAUUCAGCCAUAUACUGUUACAUGACCCCGCUUUGUGCAGGGAUUUAUUUUAUUCUAUGGCUCCCGCAAUGCACCACAGCCAGGAAUUAUUGACCGAUUCAACAGUAUAUGUAGAUUAUGAGAGUACAGGGUUAAAUCAUGUUUGGGAGUGGGGCUGCACUGUAAAGCAGGACAUAGAAUAUCCUCUGUUCACGCCGGGCGCGAUGGAAACCUGUUGGUAUUACAGAGCAAUGCAUUAUGGGGUAUAAUAUAUAAUGUCCAGGCCCUCGGUGUAGAGCAAUAUAGAACUGCGACAGGACGAGAAGACGAAGGGGGCGACUUCUGAAGAGACACUAAGCCUUAAUAUACUACGGCGGGCGGUGCGUUGAACGGUUUACCCCUCUUUAUGUAUAGGAUACGCCGUGGCCUUUUUCACGCGGCUUCCUCGUGCGCUGAAAGCCAAACUUUUUGCUUUCUUAAGAAAAGGAAAACAACAAAAAAAAACAUAAUUUUGUCUAAACUUGAAUUGUAUUUAAGGACAUAGGAGAAAAGACGUCUAUUUUUAAGAAGAAAACGUUUGAUGCCUUCUUUUCUUAUAAACGGCCAGUGCACAAAGACUUCCUGUUCACGCUGCCUCUGGGGAGAACGCGCGGCGUCCGCUGCCGGACAUUGCUGAGACGUGGAUGGCGAGCGCCUCUGUUACGUUAUAAGGCGGUUUGUUGUUCCUUGGUCAUAUUUGCACCUUAAUAUUUGAUGUCUUUGAGAGACUUUCUGAUGUGAUUAUCGCGGUCAGUCAGAUGUCGCUUAUGCUGGCGACAUUCAUGGCGAGAGUCAGAAUUCGGCAAAUCUUAUGGCUUUAGCACUUUUUUCUUUACCGUGAUCAUGAAACCAGCGCUCCGGCUGUACAGUACUAUCAGUGACCACCUCAAAUUGAGGGCUCCUGUUAAAGGGGUUGCCUCGCUACAGCCAUCCCCUUUAAUAGCUGUUCAGCUGACAGCCGUGGCCGAAUGCUGGUUUCACCUCGGUAAGCUGCAGCUAGCCAAAUGGUUUGGUUUCCCUGCGGAGGCCAUGAAUUCCGGAGCGACCCCACCCCCCAUGACAUUUUGUACUGAUCCGUAGUACGGUGGAAUGCUGUGGGCCCAUACCGCGCCUCUGGAUGUCAAUGUGGUGGUAUGAGGAAGCGUGGCAGUGUGAACUCGUGGGUGCUGUGAGAUCACCAGCAGAGUAGGACCGCGCUACUCCUCCACAACUGACGGGAUUGUCGCCCCCACAGAUGCCACGGACAAUAAUGACAACGGCAUCUAAGUGGCCCCCAGGUCCGCCAUCUUAGUACUAGGCUGUGCUGGAGGCGUAAUACAUAGCGCUGCACAAGUAUCGCAGUUCCUGCUCUAAGGCCUCUUUCACACCUGCGUUAUAGUCUUCCGGCAUAGAGUUCCGUCGUCGGGGCUCUAUGCCGGAAGAAUACUGAU